CAGCCCCGUGGGGAAAGUUGGGCGGCGGACAUUUUCCGGCCAAGUCGGAGGCCAAGUCGGACCCUGAUUUUGGCAUCCCCAGAGUUCCCCCGGCGGAUUUUUCCCGCGUUGGUCUGUUCGCUGCUCAUUGUCCCUUCGUAGCUCGGACCCUCAAGGGUCGUUGAGCGUUUCCUGGGGAAGCUGGCAGCCACAGAACAAGUCGUGGACAGUCCGGGGCUGGGCACGGAAAAGCUCCACUGGUGAUUGCUGGGCGUGUUGUAUAAAGGACGCUCCCUUUUUCGCUAGGAUAACAACGGCAAGACACUGCUCUCGCGCAAAUCUGCCGACAACAUGACUUCCACUGAUCGCAAACCCCCCUCUGACGACGGCGACGCCAAAGCCACCCUCGAGGCCUUGGAAGAGGUCUCCGAGGCCGACAGACUCCUUGCUUUGUUUCCCGUUCUCCAGGAUAAGACGCCCGAGGAAUUGGAGAAACUCAACAAGGCUGUCCUGCGGAAGCUGGACUGGUGGUUCUUGCCAUGUGUCACGAUGAUGCUGCUCAUGAGCUAUCUGGAUCGUAUCAACGUCUCCAACGCGCGUCUUGCCGGGAUGCAGGAAGAUCUGGGUAUGGACGACACCACCUGGUCUGCAGGAAUCUCGCUCUUCUACGUCGGCUACAUUAUCUCGCAAGUGCCCGCCAACGUUUUCAUCGCCAAGGGCAAACCCAGCGUCCUGAUGCCCAGCAUCAUGCUGGCCUGGUCCGCAGUCACCAUUUGCAUGCCUGCCCUCACUACCGGCUGGGGGUUCUGCCUGUGCCGCUUUCUCGUCGGCGUCACCGAGGGUCCCUUUGUCCCCGCCGUCUCCCUGCUCACCUCGUCCUGGUACACACGACAAGAGUCCCCUCUCCGGAUGGGCAUCUGGCACGCAGGAAACAUCAUUUCCAAUGUCUUUUCUGGCCUUCUCGCAGCGGGCAUCCUGACCAACAUGGACGGGAUCGCAAAUCUCCGAGCCUGGCAGUGGUUCAUCCUCCUCGAGGGCAUUGUCAGUGUGACGGUGGCUCUUGUCGCCUAUCGGUUCAUUCCCAAUUUCCCGGACAACACCAGCAGCCGCUGGUUCAACGAGGAGGAAGCUGCCAUGGCUCAGUACCGUCAAGCUGUUUCUGCCGGUGGCAUCAUGGAAGGCUCCGAAGGAGAGGGCGACUACUGGGGAGGCGUUAUUCUGGCAGCCAAGGACCCGUUUACCUGGUUCUUCGCUGCGAUCCACUUUUCUCUGAUCAUCGGCCAGUCGUUCAAGGACUUCUUCCCAUCGAUCGUCCAAACGCUGGGCUUCUCCGAAGUCAUCACCUACCUCGUUCAAGCUCCUCCAUAUGUGAUUGCGUACUUUGCCACACUCGUCAUAUCGUGGUCCUCUGGACGACUCGGCGAGCACUGUUGGCACAUCAUCGUACCAAUUCUCGUUGCACUGGGCGGUGCAGUUCUCAUGAUCUCAACUCUCAACGUCGGCGCCCGAUACUUUAGUCUCAUCUUACUCUGCACGGGUCCAUUCGUCGGUCUCAAUAUCCAAAUCUCCUGGGAAACAACCGUUGUCCCGCGCCCCCGCACAAAACGCGCAGCCCUAAUCGCCAUCGCCAACUGUGUCUCCUCCGUGUCGCACUGGUUCACCCCCUACUUCUUCCUCCGCUCGCAGGAGCCCCGGUAUCAGACUGGAGGUGGGAUCAUCAUCGCUGGCUGUGGGUUGACGGCAAUUUUCUGUCUCGCAGCGAGGUGGUGGUGCGCGAGGAAGAAUAAGCACUUAGAUGAAGCGGAGGCGAUUAGUGGGAAUGUGACGGAGUGGAGAUUCGCUAAAUGA